AUGUCUCUGGAUUCUGUGGAUCCUGUGGAUCCCGUUUUUAGUACCGAAAGCGUGGACACCCGCCCGUUCGAUGCGAACAACAUCGAGAAGGAAAUCUCAGAAAUUCUGAAGGAGGAUAACGAGGCCUCGGGCCAGCCGCAGCAGCAGCCGCAAGAGGAAACGGCCGAAACAAGUUCCGAAAAUGAUCGCUACGGUAGCUUGGUGAUACCCGAAGGGUCUGAAUUGUUGAAAACAGGGCCUUCAGCACUGGACCAAUACCGAAGGCUGAUGAGUGACUCCUCCAGUCUGGCGUCUUCUCUAAGCGCGAAAAACGAGAAUUCUAACCCCCAACUGGCCGCAUUGCCGCUGAACAUUACUUCCCCAGCGGACAUCCCUAUGAACGCCCAGUUAUUGAUAAAUACGAUUCCAGUGUUGGACAAUCUGGCCACGCAGAUUCUGCGGACCAUCACUCAGACGCCAUAUGAAACUAUCAUGGAGAUCGUUUCCAAUCGCGAUUCUUUGGACUCAAUCGCGUUUUCCAAUCUUGUGGAACUAUUUGAGGUGACCAAGAGAGUGUAUAACUCCGAAGACAGUCCAUUUUUCACCGUCGAAAACGUUACCUAUGGGCUGUGGAAGUACGGUUCCCAUGCUCCGUCCUUCUUGCGUGGAAAAGAACAGUCCAUUGAAAGCACGCUUAGAAAGGUCAAUUUGGCCACAUUCUUGAACGCAACGCUUGGUAUGGUGGAUAUGGGUUUUUUCUUCCUUAACGAGGCGUUUUUGGAUGUGUUCUGUCCUCCCCAGGGCCUAGACCCGGCGCAGACCAUGUCCAACCAGACGAGUUUUGGCGUUUCCAACACGGGAGCAGGCCCUUCGACCUCUAUGGUUCCUAGUAAGUUGCUUAAGCAACAAGCCAUUUUGUUUUUGGAUCUGAAAACUCAGGCGUUCAUCUCUGCCAUCGAGCUUGGCGAUAGGUCCAAGGAGGAGAUAGUUGAUGAUCUUUUCCCCUCGAAUCUGGAUGAGACUUUGAUACGCAGAAGAGAGCCGCAGUUUGAUUUCCAAGCCCAUCCAAUCGUUCGCAAUGCGACGAUGUUCACUCCGGCCGAGCUGGUGUUUCUGCAAAAGUGCGAGUCGCGCAAAUCACAUCUGAUGCAGGCGGCCAACGACGAAUCGCUGCUCCACAGAUACGAAUGGCUGAAAUUUUUGGCCGAUAUUCUGGACUAUGUCAGCAAAAAUGUUGGGUUUUUGAUUUGGGGCUCUGAGGCUAGGGGAAUCUACACAAGCACAUUGCCUGCUUCGCCGUUGGAGUCUUACAGACACUCCAAGAGAUCGGCCGAUUCGCAUUCCAGUAACGGCGUGAAACGUCCAAGAGCUGCGUCUUCGACUGUUUCCGUUUCCAGAGAUGCGCCGGCGCCAAUCCAAACCACCUCGGACGAGUUUCUUCCCUCUGAUAUCCGCAACUACCAGUAUGCCACCACGGGAAGGCCCAUACGAUCUCGCAAUGGGUCUGGUAGGAUGGCCUGGUCCAAAGAGGAAGAAAACGCUCUUCGUGAGGGCAUCAAAGCGUGUGGAACGCAAUGGUCUGCGAUUCUGUCGCUUUAUGGUCCUGGUGGAACUCUCAGCGAGGCCCUCAAGAAUCGGACUGCGCUUCAACUCAAGGAUAAGGCUCGUAACUGGAAAGUUUUCUAUCUUCGGUACAACCUUCCUCUUCCAGAGUUUCUGGUGACGGUUACUGGAGAUCUUGAGCGUGAUGAGAAAAACAGCAGGCGGUCAGCCACGCGCAGACCAAAGAUGCUCAAGAGCGAUGUAGCCAAGUCCAAGAUGAAGCGGAUUGAGCAAAAGGAAGAUUCCAAUAUUGAGCCUGAGCUUAUCGAGGCUGAUAAGCAGGGAGAUGCCCACAAGCUGGCGGAUUCGCAGUCGGAUUCUCAGCAAGAGGCUACUUCUCAUGACAAUUACGAUGAGCUAAUCACCAACUUGUUCCGUGACCAGGCCAGGCACGAGGCCGAGUCUGAACAACCAGUUCAAGGAGAAACCCACGAGGGUGAAGGUGAAGAGGCCACCGCCGAGUUGAAGAACUUGGUUGCGGCUGUUUUUGGCAAUGUGAAGGAGUGA